AUGGGGACAACUAAUAGCGGCACUCACUUGACAACAGCAAGAGAUGAGUGCGAAGCUACUACAAGGGCUGAUUACAAUAUGGAUCAUUCAAGUUCUGCCUCUGCCAGUGGCAGUGAUAGCGCCACUGCUGCUAGUGUAUCUGCUGCCAAUGAAUUACUGGAUAAACCCCUAUGGAAAUAUGUUACCCAAUUGGAUGCUAGAGUGGAAGCAGGAGGGAAUUUGUCUUGGAAGUGUAACUUUUGUAAAAAAGAUUAUAAAAGUUCGUAUACUAGAGUGAGGGCUCACUUGUUAAAAAUACCAAGCAAAGGAAUUGGGAAAUGCUUAAUGGUGCAAAAUAGAGACAUGAUAGAGAUGGAAAAAUUGGAACAGGAAGCUGAACAGAGAAAGCAAUCUAAUGCACCUAGAAAUGUACCUUUACCCCCUUCUAGCUCUUCCACUGGCCCAAAAAAAAGAAAAACUACGGGUUCUCUUGAGAUGGCAUUCAAUGUUGGGGAACGAGAAGAAUUAAAUUAUCUGAUUGCUAAAAUGUUUUAUUCAGCAGGAUUGUUAUUCAAUUUGGCAAAGAACCCUUACUUCCAAGCUUCAUAUACUUAUGCAGCAAAUCAUAAUAUUGGAGGUUAUUUGCCACCGGGAUAUAACGCGUUGCGAACCACUAUGUUGCAAAAAGAGAAAGAAAAUAUUGAUAGGUUGUGUGAACCUAUUCGAGAAGCGUGGACUCAUAAGGGGGUGAGUAUUGUAAGUGAUGGGUGGAGCGAUUCACAAAGGAGGCCUCUCAUUAAUUUCAUGGCAGUAUCUGAUGGUAAAGCAAUAUUUUUAAAAUCAGUUGAUUGCUCGGGGGAGAUUAAGGAUAAAAAUUUCAUUUUCAGGUUGCUGAAGGAAGUUAUUCAAGAAGUAGGAGAGGCGAAUGUGGUUCAAGUAAUCACAGAUAAUGCUGCAAAUUGUAAGGGAGCAGGGCAACUGAUUGAGCAGGAAUUCCCAUCAAUUACCUGGACACCGUGUGUUGUUCACACAUUGAAUUUGCCUGUGAAAAAUAUUUGUGCUGCAAAAAAUGUGGAGAACAAUCAAAUAACAUAUGAGGAAUGCAGCUGGAUUUCUGAUAUUAUAGGUGAUGUUGCUGCAAUAAAGCAUUUCAUUAUGAAUCAUUCUAUGAGAUUGGCAAUCUAUAAUGAGUUUGUGAGUUUGAAGUUGCUUUCUAUUGCUGAUACUCGUUUUGCUUCAAUGAUUGUGAUGCUGAAGAGGUUCAAGUUAAUAAAGAGCGGUCUCCAAAAUAUGGUGAUAAGUGAAAAAUGGAAUAUUUAUAGAGAUGAUAAUCUUGGGAAGGCCAGACUUGUGAAGGAAAAAUUAUUGGAUGAUUGUUUUUGGGAUUCAGUUGAUUACAUACUUGCCUUCACUGCUCAUAUUUAUGAUAUGAUCAGAGCUUGUGACACUGAUAGAGCUUGUCUUCACUUGAUAUAUGAUAUGUGGGAUUCAAUGAUUGUGAAAGUGAAGAAAGCUAUAUACCAUAAAGAGAGGAAAAGGAUGGAAGAUAGCUCCUCUUUUUAUGAUGUGGUGCAUCGCAUUCUUGUGGAUCGUUGGACAAAAAAUUCAAGUCCACUACAUUGUUUGGCACAUGCUUUAAAUCCCAAAUACUAUAGUCAACAAUGGCUUCAGGAAGAUUCUAGUCGAGUUCCUCCACACAUGGAUUUAGAGCUUACUCAAGAGCGACAAAAAUGUUUAAGGAGAUUCUUUCCUGGCAUGGAGGACCGAGGCCGGAUUAGUUUGGAGUAUGCAGAUUUUAUUAGCAAUAGUGGAACCUUUGGCGAUUUUGAUGCCAUCAAUACUCAAUACACUAUGGAUCCGAAAUCUUGGUGGCUACUUUAUGGUACUUUUACACCGAUGCUGCAAAAAAUAGCAUUGAGACUUGUGCAACAACCCUCCUCUUCAUCAUGUGCUGAACGCAAUUGGAGUACUUAUUCUUUUGUGCAUUCCAUCAAGAGGAAUAAAAUCACUCCAAAACGUGCUGAAGACUUGGUUUAUGUGCAUAGCAAUCUUCGACUCUUAUCAAGAAAGACUCCUAGUUAUGCACAAGGAGCAACUCAAAUGUGGGAUAUUGCUGGAGAUACAUUCGAUUCACUUGAUGAUGUUGGAGAUCUUCAAUUUGCUAGUCUUUCCCUUGAUGAGCCAGAGAUAGAUGCUGUGAUUAUUCAAGAUGGAGAUGAAAAUAAUUGA